GUACAUAUUGAGUUUUCAAAAAGACUGAAAUAAAGGAUUAUUUUGAUUUUUAACUAUGGAUACAAAUUUACAGCCAUCUAAGAUUGAAAAAAUUAACACCAAUGAAACACUACAAAAUUUGAAUUCGGAAAUAACAGACCAAAAGAGGAGAAGUUCAUCUCGAUCAAUAAAACGUAAAAGAUUUGACGAUGAAAUUGUGGAAUUCGGGAUACCUUCCACAUCACAGUACAGCCGAAUAGGGAGAGCACGUACCCAAUCACAAUCCUAUAUUCCAUCUACACAAACAACUCCCGUUCCAACUGCCUCACCUUCCACACAAAACAACUUCAAUAAUUCGGCUACAGUGCUAAAUAAUUCUGACACAAUAAAUUCUAUAAAUUUACCAAAUUCUCUACCGGUAGAUAUUGCUUCACCGACAGUUAAUACAAUGCCAGUUCAUCAACAAUUCAAUUCACAUUCUACUGUAGCAGCAAGCUCUGUAAAUAUAAUUACUGAUAAAAGAAACAAAAGUAAACCAAGUGGUGGUACAAAUAGUAAAAAAAAUAAGAAAGGUAAUCGAGGUCCGCACCAAAUCACAACAAAAGAUUUAGGUCGUUGGAAACCAAUAGACGAUUUAGCCCUUAUAAUUGGUGUACAACAGACAAAUGAUCUGCGCACGGUACACCGUGGCACAAAAUUUUCUUGCAAAUUCACAUUGCAGGAACUACAGCAAAGAUGGUAUUCUUUGCUUUAUGAGGAACCGAUAUCUAGAAUAGCAAUUUCUGCUAUGAGGAAUUUACACCCAGAAUUGAUAGAAAACAUUCAAAGCAAAGCCUUAUUCACAGUUCAAGAAGAAAAUAUUUUGGGUACAAUAAAAAGUACAGAAAAUCCUUCAGUUGAAUCAUUUCAAGACCUUUUGGAUAAAAAUCCUUCAAUUUUUUUUUCUGCACGAACUCCAAAAUCAUUAUACAACCAUUGGCACUUAAUGAAACAAUAUUAUUUGUUACCCGACCAAACAACUAAACCUCUUUUUAAUGACGAUCAACCUAUCAGCUUUUCGGAUGCUGAAGAUAUGAUAGAGGAUAGUGAAUUAACAGAAAACAAAGAGGAAGCUUUGGAAAUGGAGCUAGCCUUAGCAGACCGAAGAAAUAAGCGAGAAAUUCGUCACUUAGAAAACGAAUUGAGUAGAUGGACUGUUUUGGUAGAUUCCUUGACAGGUGUCGGCUUUACUCCAGAAUUUGACAGCCAAACUCUCGCAGUUCUCAGAGGCAGACUUGUGAGAUAUUUAAUGAGGUCAAAGGAAAUUACUUUUGGACGAAGCGCUAAAGACUUUAGUGUAGAUGUUGAUUUGUCACUGGAAGGCCCUGCUUAUAAAGUUUCAAGAAAACAGGGAACAAUAAAAUUGCGUAGUAAUGGAGAUUUCUUUAUUUCUAAUGAAGGAAAAAGACCCAUAUAUAUUGACGGCAUGCCACUGUUGCAAGGAAAUAAGUCCCGACUAAGUACUAAUUGUGUCGUUGAAAUCGCGGGACUUAGAUUUGUAUUCCUUGUUAAUUACGAUCUUAUUAACGCUAUACGUCAUGAAAGCGCUAAAACAACUGGCCCUUUGAAUUAAAUUGAAAAUAGCCGGGCAUACGUUCUGAAUUCAAAUUUGUACGUAUUCACCCAUACGUCGGAACCAAGUUUUUAUACAAUUGAUUUCUUAAAAUCUUCUAAAGCAUUAAUAAAAAUUGAAAUGAAUUAGAAUAAUUCAAAGAAUUCUAUAAAAUAAAGAAUAAAUUGCUUUUAUUUACAUAUAUGUAUAUUUUAGCGUAUAUUUUC